AUGGCUUUGGUGUUCCUUCCUCUCCUUGCGGCCACUGGUACGGCUAUUGCUGCACAGUUUCCCUUGUCCGACAUCACCAAGUCCACGGUCGGCUUCAAGAACACAGUCCCUAACAAAUUCAUUGUUGAGGUCGACAAUGCGAACGACAUCCCAACCAGGCGGGCAUUCGACACUCGCUCGGCCCACGAGAUCGUAUAUGACUCUCUCCGGAAGCGGGAUAUGAGUUUCCAGGUUGUGAAGGAGUUCGACUCUCCUGGUCUAUUCCUCGGCUCUCUUUUGUCACUUGAGGAUGCCGCAAAAGUCCUUGAUAUCCCCGGCGUCAAGGCCAUCCGCCCGGUCACGUUGAUUCCCGCUCCCAAGCCCGUGAAGAUGCAUAUUGUCACUGGAACAGAUGACUCUGCGCUCCCGCCUGACACGGAGUCCACCCAUAUCCUCACGAAUGUCGACAAAGUCCAUGCUCAAGGAUUCUUUGGAAAGGGGUACGGACUACACCAACCCUUUCCUUGGCGGUGCUUUUGGCCCGGUAACAAGGUCAUCGGAGGGUUCGAUUUCGUAGGAGAUGCCUACAGUCAGUCGGAAAUCUCCGGCGCCAAUACUCCUAUUCCGGACAACGACCCGCUGGAUACGUGCAACGGUCAUGGUACUCACGUUGCAGGAAUCAUCGGCGCUGAUCCAGGCAACCCGUUCAAUAUCUCUGGUGUUGCGUAUCAAGCGUCGAUAAACUCUUACAGAGUCUUCGGCUGCGAGGGCUCGGUCACAGAUGACAUCCUCGUCGAAGCCCUCCUCCUCGGCGUACAAGACGGCAACGAUAUCCUGACCAUGUCCCUUGGUGGUGCCGAUGGAUGGACCGAGAGUUCUAGCGCCGUCGUCUCCAGCAGGAUAUCUCAAAUGGGCAAGAUUGUGACGAUUGCUGCCGGCAACGACGGUUCUGUAGGCUCAUGGUACACCUCCAGCCCUGGAAACGCUAUCGACGCGAUUUCCGUAGCGAGUACCGACAACACUGUCAACACUCUUCAAAACGCUACAAUCAACGGCAUUGAGCACGACCCCGUGACGUACUUUAGCCUGAACCCCCUUCCAGUGGAUGGCGCGCGGCCCAUUUUCGCCACGAGCAAUGACACGACUGUCGUGGACGAUGCUUGCAACCCCUUGCCGGAUGAUACGCCUGACCUUUCCGGCUCUGUGGUUCUUGUGCGGCGUGGUACCUGUACUUUUGUCACAAAACUCACGAACAUCGCAGCGAAAGGCGGAAACGUGACGUUAAUCUACGACAAUGGCAAUGGCUUUUCGGCCAUUGCUGUUGGUGACUUCACUGCCGCUCUCAUUCAGGCCGCAGAUGGGGUUUCGCUUGUCCAAGCGAUUGCUUCUGGAGAGGCGAUCACCGUUUCCUUCCCGAACAGCCCCUUCACCUUCCCGGUCGCUGAUGGCGGUCUCGUCUCGUCGUUCACAAGCUAUGGUCCUUCGAAUGACUUCUUCUUUAAGCCUGCUAUUGCCGCGCCUGGUGGAAACAUCUUGUCGACGUUCCCCGUGGCCCUGGGCACGUUCGCCGUUCUCUCCGGGACCUCUAUGGCUACCCCAUUCAUGGCCGGCGUCUCCGCGCUCUUGUUCGAGCGCGUGGCUUCCUCUCAUACCGACGGCGACCCCCUUCAGACGCUCACACAGCAAGGUGCCGGUCUUGUUGACGCGUUCAAGGCCAUUCACACCGACGUGUUCAUCACCCCUACCGAGCUCAUCACCAACGAUACUGCUCACUUUCGCGGCUCCCAAACCUUCACAGUCAAGAACACAGGCAAGACCAAGAAGACUUUCAAGCUCACCCACAUUCCUGCCGGGACCGCCAUGACCGUCCAGCCCGACAGCAUCUUCCCGGCCGACGGCCCUGUCCCGCUUGACGCCACCGCCGCGUCGGUCACCAUCUCCCCCAGCACGAUCACUGUCCUCCCCGGUUCCUCCAAGACCGUCUUCUUCCCCGUCUUCUCCGGCUUCAUCGAGCUCGCGAGCCCGACCGGCGAGUCCUACCAGGUCACCUACCUCGGACUCGCCGCGUCGCUCAAGGACAUGCCCGUCGUCGACGACACCGACUUCUUCUUCGGGGUGCCCUUGCCCUCACUCGUCGACGCCACGGGCAACCUCUCCGACGAGCCGAGCAACUUCACGUUCGUCGGCGACGACUUCCCGUCGAUCGUCAUGCGCCUCAACUUCGGCACGCCCGUGUUCCGCCUCGACCUCGUCGACGCGAACAUUCAACUUUCCACGACGAUCCCGACGCGCGACGUCGAGGACGAGGCGAGCCAUGUGCUUUCGCGCGCGACGUUCUCAUUCCCGUUCGGUGGGCCCAAGGGCGGCUCGUUCGCCAAGGUCAAGACGCUCGGCUCGCUCUUCGAGGCCGACUUCCUGCCGCGCAACUCGGAUCUGAACGACGGAACUGGCUUCAACGAGCUCUCGUUCCCUACACCGACUUUCGCCAACGGGACGACCAUCCCCAACGGCUCGUAUCGUUUCCUGCUCCGUGUUCUCAAGGUCACCGGCGACAUCACACGUGAGGAGGACUACGAGAGCUGGCUGAGCCCUGUGAUUGGCAUCCAGGCCUGA